AUGGGCUCAAUCGCAAUUACCGAUCCUUUGUUCGAGUCCGUUCGUCUGGGCGCUCUGACCCUCAAGCACCGCGUGGUUUUGGCACCACUAACGCGGAUGAGAGCGGGCAAGGAGUCUGAGGGUGUCUAUGUCCCGAACGAGCUCAACGUCGAGUACUAUUCGCAGCGAGCUUCGGAGGGAGGGUUUAUGUUGACCGAAGCAACUCCAAUCAGCAGACAUGCCGCUGGAUACCCAGGAGUACCUGGAAUUUUUACUGCCUCGCAAAUCGCUGGCUGGAAGAAGGUUACCGAUGCCGUGCACGCCAAGGGUGGUUAUAUAUACUGUCAGUUGUGGCACGUUGGUCGUGCCACUGUUUCCUCCUUUAUUGAAGGAAAGGAGGUUCUUGGAGCCAGUGAGAUCCCAAUUAGUGGAAACGCACUCGAUGGAUCUGAGUACGCAGCUUCGCCACCACGCGCUAUGACUAUCGAGGAGAUCCAAGAUACAGUGCAGGAAUAUGCUGCUGCAGCAAAGCGAGCCCGCGAGGCGGGAUUUGAUGGCGUCGAGGUUCACGGUGCAAACGGAUACCUCCUUGACCAGUUCCUCCACGACAACGUUAACACCCGCACCGAUGAAUACGGUGGCAGCAUCGAAAAGCGGUCUCGCAUCAUCCUCGAAGUCCUCAAAGCCGUCAGCGCCGAAAUCGGAGCCGACCGCGUUGGUAUCCGUCUGUCGCCCUACAAUUAUUUCCAGGAUACACGCGAUUCCAACCCCAACGCCAACUGGCGAGCUCUGUGUUCGCAAAUAGCUGGGUUACCGGAGGAAUCUCGGCCUUCAUACGUGCACAUGGUCGAGCCUCGGUUCGACGAGGUGAUGGAUGAAGCGUCCAAGAUUGACUCACUGGCUUCGGAUCAGCCGUCACUAGAUGUGUUCCGACCCACACUGAAGAAGGGAGGUAUCUCACUCCUGGCGGCUGGAAACUUCAACGCUGAGAAUGCGGGUGCUAAGCUUGCAAUUGAUGGAGCGGAUGCUGUUGUGUUCGGUCGUUAUUUCAUCUCGAAUCCUGAUUUGCCGCGUCGGUUGAAGGAAGGCUUGCCUUUAACUCCUUAUGAUCGCACGACAUUCUAUGGCGCUGAUCCUGCCGAGAGGGGUUAUACCGAUUAUCCUUUCUAUACUAAAUAA